AGUGAAUGCAGAUGUCUUAUCCACAGAUAUAUCAUAGCCUGGUUGGAGUUUGCGAAAAGCCAUUUGAACUGACCAAUAUCAAAAUUACGUAAUAUCCUUUGGACAGAUGUAUCGAAACAGGCGUUGUUUGGUAGGACAAGUUCUAGACAGUAUGCCCGUCGACCCCCAAAUACGAAGUAUCUUUCAAAUUAUACAUACUGUCAAGACAGGAAUGCAUGGUGGCCUUAAAAAUUUGGUAUGGGCAUGUUUUUCGUAUAGCUGUGUAGGUCCCAUUUAUACAAUCGAUGGGAUCAUAAAUGAAGAUGUGUAUGUGAAGCAGGAUAACGAUCCAAAACACUCCAGCAAACGGCUAAAAAUUGGCCUAGCCAAGAAAAUAUUAGUUUAAUAAUAUGGUCGGCUCAGUCCAUGGAUCUCAACCCUAUAAAAAACUUAUGAGCAUCAAACGCAAUUUUUAAAAGCAAUCUCCGACUUCUAAACAGCAGGUUUGGCAUGUUGUUCAAAAGGAAUGUGCGCAGAUCAAAACUCAACGGUUAAAGGCCUAUUUUCAUUGGAUCGCGCAUUCCCGGAAAUACCUUGGCGUGCGGCUACAAAAAGCUGCGCAAAUUCUGCAGCAAAGGUUGUAAACAAUUCAAUGACAAUGCCAUUACCUGUCUGGCUAAAUUCUGUCACGACCUAAUGGUGCUCAAUUUACACAGCUGUGAGAUACAUAGCGAUACACUUACAAUAACAAUACAUGUACAUGAAAGAAAAACAAACUUCUGUUUUCUCUUCACAGACAGUCACCGAUGCUUCGAUACGACAGAUCGCCGCCAUUUGUCCUAAAUUACAAAAGCUUUGCAUUUCGAAAUGCGCCGAACUCUCCGAUCUCUCGCUAAUGACUCUCUCACAGAAUAAUCUAUUGCUGAAUACGCUUGAAGCAUCUGGCUGUCGUAAUUUCACCGAUAUCGGUUUCCAGGCAUUGGGCAAGAAUUGCAAAUAUUUGGAACGCAUGGACUUAAAGGAGUGCAAUCAGAUAACCGAUUUGACGCUGGCGCAGUUGGUAACCGGUUGUCCCAGUUUAGAAAAACUGAAUCGUCUACCAAAUACCGGCCAUCGGCUUCGCCAGAAAAUUCUUGUGCAAGGGCUCUACUGCUGAUGUUUGUAUAUACAUAUAUACUAGUACAUUUCUAAUUGUUUUGACGAUCAUUAUGACAUCGCUAACACUCACGUAUCUCUUCUCGGUGAUUUACUAUGUUUUUUGAAAAAUAACCAAAAACAACAAAAUGACAACAUGUAUAUGUUAUGAAAACAAAA